AAACGCCAUCUCACUUCUCUAGAAUUUUAUGUAUUCAAAUGAAUUUAGAGCAAAAAAUUGUCUGAUUGUUUACGAUUUCUUAAUAUUUCUGCUGCAAUCUAUUCUAUGUUUUUCUCGAGUUGUUUCCUUUUGACAGUUUUGGCCAAACAGAAUUAAAUAAACCAAGGUUGCCAAGAGAUUUUUUUAACUAUCUUCUGACCCGUGGCGUCGACUAGAGCAUACUAGAGGCGUUAUACUAUAGGUGGACCGCAAUGUCAAAAUUGCUGUUCGGCCAUUGCUCGUGAAAAAACAAAUUUGUUUACAAAGCAAAUCAUAUCUUUUGGUGACAAAUGCAUUCGUUGGCAAAAUAGCUGCUCGCGCUUCACUGUAGGCAGGUAAUUUUCUGGAUUUUUUUGUAUAACAAUUUCUCAUAAUUGCUUCUACUUUUUCAGAUAUCUACAAUCAGCGGUCGAAUUAAAAACAGUGCAGAAGGAUGUUUUGAGUAUAUUUUACCUUCUAGCCGCGCAAUCAAUGCUUUUCUUUCCAAGCAAGCAGCGUUUUUCGGCAAAAGCAUGAAAUAGAAUCGUACGUGGUACGAAUUUAUCGGCACAAUCUGAUCAAGGACGGAGGCAUCAUCAAACGGAAACUACGCGAAAAACUUUUCGAAGAGAUAAAACUGCGCCGCAACACUCGUGUGAAAAUGGACGAGUUGGGCUGGGUGCUGAUGAACCACAAUUUGAUAACACGUAAUGAGCCAAUCCAACAGCAUGCCAAUGGUAAUCGACCAAAUCAUUUUAAAUUGAACAUGGAGCGGUUGUGCAACCUACUGGAGCAGCAAGAACAGAACAAUCACGCUGAGUUGACUUCCAAAAAGCAAAACAAAUUCCUGCGUAUGCUGGAUGCAAUUUUACAAAACGACAUAGUUUUGAAGGAAAUUAAAGAGAUGGUAGCGGAGAAUCGACUUCUAUCGGAAAUUCGUUAUGUGACUACGGUGGAACGUAUGCUGAAACACAAUUUGGACCCCUCUUUGCGCUGCUGCUUUGUAUGCCGAGAGUAUUUCCGCACUGCCGAUGAGUAUACCAGUCAUUUCGAAAAAUUGCACGGUGAGAAAUUUCUUAUUGUUGCGGCGGUGGAUCGAUUUCAGACUAGUCAAAAGUUCAACGUUCUACAUCACUACAAUGCCCUUAAUCCGGUGACAAUAUUCACGAUUUGCAACGUAUACCACACAGCCCUAAUAAAAAAAAACAAGAAAAGACGGGUCUAAUAUUUUACAAUAAAGUCUACAAUCUACCACUUUCCACGAAAAUCGGAGAACCACUAUAUCGGUUAGACAUGGAAUGGCUGAUACAUAUAAGGCAGAAAAAAUGUUUAACUUUGGAAUUCAACAUCCUAUAUUUCCUCGUACCAUUAAGUUCAUGGCGCAUUUGAUGUCGGUCAUCGUAACUGCUUCUAUGGAAAUGACGUGAGCAUAUGAUUUGAUUUUUGAUUUUUAUCUCCAUCUCGGAGAAAAGUGUGGUAAACAAUGUCCGGGUUAUUUUUCGUUAUGAGAACCUUGUUUCCACAUCCUUUUACUGCACAAUAAUACGGCAUCUGAAGUAAAUAAAAUAUUCACAAUAUAAUUUUGGCAUGAUAGAGAACCGCGAGAUGAACGAUUAUCUGUGGAGGAGUUGGACAACAGAUUUCUUAGACUUAUAGCACUUUUAUCACACUCACAAGCUAAUCAAAUCCUCACUGUCCCCCAAAAAUAUUGAAUAAUAUAUAAUUUUUUACCAAAAUAUAUAUUUUAUUAAGGCACGUAGCUUGACGGGGCCGGGAGUCCAAUAUUUUAACAAUUUUUGUCUUACAACUAUGUUAGUAAUAUGUAACCGAUUACUCGCGGUUGGCUCGAGGUUAGUAUUACAAAGAUCUCAUAAUUGGGAUGUUGCAGUCUCCAGUACUAUGUAUGUGUGG